UGACAUCACAGCCUGGGGUCACUUUGAGAAGACUUUAAUUGAAUGACCACAAAAGACUUGAGAGAGUGAUUAUAUGUAUAUAUAUCUAAUGAAAAUAAAAUUUUUGGGUUUUUUUUGGUUUGUUUUUGUAAUGCAAUAUUAAUCACUCCAGACUUAUUGAGGAUGGAGAAUGUGAUUGGAAACUGGUCAAGGUAACAUCCAAAAGUUUAAAUAAUGGACAACGGACACGUCGAUGGACUGGAGGCCUCAAGCAAAACGAGAAAAUGUUGGUGUUUCUUGGUUUGUUCGAGGUGAAUGAGUGUCAGUGGUGAACACGUCGUUACUAACAGCAGGCACUAAGGAGCUCUCCUGGGUGCUGAAGUGGUUUCUCUGUGCUGCUGCACUUGCAGAGAGGGUUAUACGGUGCUGUAUUUGUGGAUUGAAAACACACAGUAGAUCUGGAAGGGGAGAAAAACUUGAGAAAUGGUGAUAGAAAGUCUGAAAGUCUGAAGAAACCUCCGUGGGAAAAUGAUCAUCUCUACUUUUGGACUUAAUGGUAGAUAAUGCUACACUUUAGUCUGGCCCCCAAGACGGUCAUGUAAAAUCCCCCCAUCAUAACGGAUAGAAAAAGUGGACAAUGCAACAAUUUCCUCUCCAUUUUAGAGGCGCACUGUUGGACGUAUCCAGCUGUCUGUGUUGUAACGUGCUGAGAAGCAAGCACAGCCUUUCGACGCUGCCGUUUUUCAAUUUAUGGACAAUUCUUGCCGUUUUGACUUCUCCCUGCUGCGUGCAAUGUCUCAGUUUUAAAGUCGGGGUCAUCGGGCCUUGGAAUUGUGACCCUGUUUAUUCCAAAACAUUACCUGUUGUAGCUUCAAAUUUAGCCAUUAGUAGGAUAAACACGGAUGCCAGUUUGGACCUGGGAUGUACGAUGGACUUUGUGGUUCUUCAAGAACCGUGCGAAACUUCAAAAGCGCUGAUGACGUUUGUUCAAUACGAAAAACAAGCCGACGCGUUUGUCGGACCUGGAAAUCCAGGAUACUGCAAUGCAGCGGCGCUCCUGGGCAAGAACUGGGAUAAACCAAUUUUUUCUUGGGCCUGCAUCAACUACGAGCUUGAUCGAAUCCAGGGCUACCCGACCUUCGCACGGAUCUUGCCCUCACCUACACGGGUACUGUACAUGGUUUUGAAGUAUUUCAGUUGGGCCAACAUCGGCAUUGUGUCCUCCAACGAGGAUAUAUGGGUCGACACUGCUAGCAAACUGGCCAGCUCGCUCAGGAGUCAAGGACUUCCCAUAGGCAUCGUUGCCUCGAUCGGAAAUAACGACACAGAGAUGGAGAACACGCUGAGAAACAUCCAGAACGCUGGGGAAAUCAAAGUUAUCAUCAUGUGCAUGCAUUCGGUGUUGAUUGGCGGUGAAAAGCAGCUGAAUUUCCUGCUCAAGGCCUAUGAUAUGGGCUUAACAAGUGGCAGUUAUGUCUUUAUUCCAUAUGACGCUCUCCUCUACAGCCUGCCCUACACCAAUAUCUCGUAUUUUUCAAUUCUGAACAACACCAAGCUACGUAUCGCAUAUGAUGCCGUGCUCACCAUUACGGUAACAUCAGAUCUGAUGUCCUUCAACCAGGCCUUUAAUAAUGCCAAGAAACAGCAGGAGUUGACUGUUAGCCAGGAUCCUCAGCAGGUUUCCCCUCUUUUUGGUACAAUCUACAAUGGUUUUUACCUCCUUGCCAAAGCCAUGCACAACACCAGGAGAGCUGGUCAGUGGUUCUCCGGGACCAACUUGGCCUUCUACACACGGAAUCUGACAUUUCCAGGCUUCAACCAGAACCUCCAGAUUGACUCACAGGGUGAAGGACAGACCAACUACAUUAUCUUGGACUCCGAUGGCUUGGGAACUGACCUGUACCUUUGCUACUUGGUGGAUCUUAGCUCAAACAUGGUGCGCUAUGCUGGCAGGUCCAUCCACUAUCCUGGGGGUUCCUCUCCUUCUGCUGAUUCCAGCUGCUGGUUCAAUCCCAAAUCCAUUUGCACUGGAGGUGUGGAUAUAAUCUAUGUAAUCAUAGUCUUCACAAUUGUCUUCAUUUUCAUUGUUGGUGCUAUUGGGAUAAGUCUGCUUAUAAGGAGGCGAAUCCAACAACUCCAACUGGUGAAAGGACCCAACAGGAUCUUGCUUACUCUUGAAGAUCUCAGUUUCAUCAAUCCCCAGCUAAGCAAACGGAAAAUCACCCUAGAGGAACUCAGUGAUUCUAAAAGUGUGGCUGAUGAGAAGAGCGUAAGGUCAGCUGAUCACUCUGUCAACAGUUUGGCAACUGCAACACACGAGACCUCCAACGUUGCCGUGUAUGAGGGUGACUGGGUGUGGCUCAAGAAGUUUGAGAAGGGUCAAUUCAAGGAAGUCAAACAGAGUACCACCAAAAUAUUUACAAAGAUGAAGGAUCUCAGGAAUGAAAACGUUAACCCAUUUCUUGGGUUCUUCUGUGACUGUGGCAUGUUUGCCGUGGUCACUGAGCACUGCUCCAGAGGAAGCUUGCAGGAUCUACUACGCAACGAUGAUGUUAAGCUUGACUGGAUGUUCAAGUCCUCCUUGCUUUUGGACCUCAUUAAGGGAAUGAAAUACCUUCACCAUCGAGAAUUUCCCCAUGGCCGACUAAAAUCACGCAACUGUGUGGUUGAUGGACGAUUUGUCCUCAAAAUCACAGACUAUGGUUUCAACGAGCUUCUUGAAUCUCAAAAAUCUCCAAAAGAGGAACAUUCACCUGAAGAUCUCUUCUGGACAGCUCCUGAACUUCUCAGGGACCCUGAGAGCCCACGAAAAGGUACAUCUAAGGGUGAUGUGUAUAGCUUUGCCAUCAUACUCCAAGAGGUGGUCGUCCGUGGUGCUCCAUACUGCAUGCUUGGACUACCACCUGAAGAGAUCAUUCGGAAGGUGAAGAAACCUCCCCCCAUGUGCAGACCUACAGUUGCUCCGGAUCAGGCUCCUCUAGAGUGUAUCCAACUGAUGAAACAGUGCUGGAGUGAGCAGCCUGACAGGAGGCCUGCCUUUGAUGAAAUAUUUGAUCAGUUCAAGCUCAUAAACAAGGGCAAGAAGACAAACAUUAUAGACUCUAUGUUACGCAUGCUCGAGCAGUACUCGUCGAACCUCGAGGAUCUAAUCAGGGAGCGGACAGAGGAGUUGGAGAUAGAGAAGCAGCGGACGGAGAAACUCCUGGCUGAAAUGCUCCCACCAUCCGUGGCUGAGGCAUUGAAAACAGGUGCUUCAGUAGAGCCAGAGUACUUUGACCAGGUUACCAUCUACUUCAGUGACAUAGUGGGCUUCACAACGAUCUCUUCACUCAGCGAUCCAAUCGAGGUUGUGGAUCUGCUCAAUGAUCUCUACACACUAUUCGAUGCAGUGUUGAGUAACCACGAUGUAUACAAGGUGGAAACCAUUGGUGAUGCCUACAUGGUGGCCUCUGGACUGCCAAAGCGGAACGGGAAUAAGCAUGCCGCUGAGAUUGCCAACAUGUCCCUGAACAUCCUGAGCUCUGUGGGAUCUUUUAAAAUGCGCCACAUGCCAGAAGUUCCUGUCAGGAUAAGAAUAGGCAUUCACUCAGGGUCAUGUGUGGCUGGAGUCGUGGGACUAACAAUGCCUAGAUACUGCCUUUUUGGUGAUACAGUCAACACCGCCUCUCGUAUGGAAUCUACGGGACUGCCUUAUAGAAUUCAUGUGAACAUAAGCACUUUGAAGAUUCUCCAAUCAUUGAAUGAGGGCUACCAGAUAGAAGUCAGAGGAAAGACAGAAUUAAAGGGUAAAGGAAUUGAAGAAACAUACUGGCUUGUUGGGAAAACAAACUUCACAAAGCCUUUACCGAAGCCUCCUGAGAUCAAAGCAGGGGAUAACUGGCAGGAAAUGGUGACGGAAGAGAUCAAGGCGAUUUUCCGCAAGGCAAACCGACAAGUGGACAAGCUGAAAAUCUGAACAUGAUGUAGGAAGAGACGGGGGACAACGCCGCCAACGACGAAGGAGGAGGAAGAAUAUAGGACGGAUGGCAGAGACCUGUAGGAGUGUGUGAGUGUGUGUGAGUGUGCGAUCGCUGCAGCUUACCGAGACUUCUUUAAUAGGAUUGACCCUCGUCUGUCUAAUCGGCCUCUGGCCAGCACAGCAGAAAGAACAGCACACUAAUGAAAUGAGAGACAAGGAGACAGGCGUUCAGACGGAGUGUGUUCUCGCUCGGGAUGAACUACAGGCACCGGCCAUUUGCUUUGGCCACCAAGUGGCUCUUUUCUCUUUUUCAC